AUGCAAGAAAUUAGCAAUUCUAAGCCCAGCAUGACCGAGAGCAUAGAGGAUCUACUAUAUUCGGCAAUGCGUCACAUCGAUCAGAUGAAGCAACAGGUCAUGGCCGAGUAUGCUCAGUUAAUGCCGGAAUCUGUUGACAAUGGCAUUGCCAAUGAUACAUCCAAAGACAAACGAGGUCGAUCGUUGAAGACUUUCAAGGCGGCCGUGGGCAGGCUCAACCGCCACACCAACGAUGCCAUCGUCGAGUUGCAAGAUCACCUCGGUCUCACGCCCAAGUCAUCUGAGGGCGCUCGCAUAGUCCCCCUGCCGGCUCUGGACAAGAAUCACCCACUCAACCAGAACCUCCAGCUAUACGAGCACACGGGCUAUUGGCGAUACAAGCUGAGUCAACGCGGUCAAAUCGAUAACACACAAUUCAGCAGCCCAGUCAUUUGUAUCCAUGACGGGUCGCCAAUCCAAUCUGGACCCAACACCUGCUUCCUUCUGUUGCCGACUCUCAAGAACGUCAUUAUUCUUCAACACGCCUACGCCCGAUUUCUGCGACUGAAGCAUUGCCUGAUUGACGAGUUCCUGAAAACAUCACCGAGCACCUCCGUGUACCAACUCUCCAAGAAGAGCAAAUACCCCUAUGAAAACACGACGCUGGUGAACGUGUCCAAGCGGCACCGGUUCAAUGAAAUGCUGGACGUGCUCUACGUUGCUACGGGUUCGACAGUGGGCGCGAAGAAAGAUUACUGCACCAUGUACCUCAUCACCACGUCUGCGGACGGAACUGACGCGUACACCGGGGUGAUGAACGGGUACCAAGUCCAGAAGUCCACGGUUCAAGAGACCGAUAUUGCGUUACCUGCAACUGAGGCGACGAUACAGGGGCUGUACAAACUGUAUAUGGAGCUAAAGGCCGCUACUGCGCGUAAGAGUGCUUCUGGGACAGCAGGAACUGAUGGAGUGGCUGGUUUGAUUCAGAUGUCUAUGGAUAUAUCGUUGGGGAAUAAAGGAAAGGAGACGGUGGGUCGGGUUGUUGAGGUUGCGAAUUCGAGGAAAAAGCGCAAAAUCACCGAGGAUGAUUGAGGUUGGAGGUGAUAAUCGUAAGAUCGUUGCGAUACGCGUUUUGAAAUGGGCUACCUACUUGAAGCCUGGCUUUGGUUUAGUCCUACGGGCAAUACCGAUGUAUACUAGCUUAGACCGAAUCCUUCAUCUCUUGCGGACAACCAUGUGUUUUAUGAUAUGUUGCUUGGCGCUGUAUUGUGACGUUGGACUUGUCCCUCCAUUGAGUGCAGCUGACCACCCGCAGUCCAGAUAGCCAGAUUGGGGUGGUAAUAGUAUUAAAGGUGUCGACGAGCUCCCAUUUGAGUGAGUUACAGGUACCCAUUUGAGAUAUUUUAUCGUUUCCAAACCCCGGCGGCGAUAUCCUACUACUUCACAAAGAGCACAUGGUUUGAGUUUUCAAUCGGGAU